AUGCAGUAUGUGCAAACCAUGACCCGGACCACCCAUGUACGGCGCGCCACCUUGAUAGGGCCUAACCCCACUUUGUGCCAUCUGCGGCUGGCCGCCAUAACCUCCCUGCAUCCCGGGUUGGCCCACAUAGCCCCCACCACCUUGACCACCAUAAGCAGCAUUAUUCAUCAUGUGUGGCCCUCCCUGCAGAUUUCCACCAGCACCAAUUCCUCCCAGCAAAUUCCCAAUACCCAAUCCAGCCCCCUGAGUGGCCAACAGAGCUGCCACAGCCUGCCCAAUAGCCGCAGGCGCCACCGCAGGAUUAUAACCCACCUGGCCUGGGUUGGGCGCCAUCAUGUGACCACCAACGGGCCUCACGCCCUCACUACUUCCAGAAGAGUAUCUCCCCUUCUUGGCCGGGUGGCGGUAGUUCCCUUGGUUCCCCUGCUGACGUGGCGGCUGGCUCUGCUGCGGGCUGAAAAAGCCCUUGGAGUGCUUAGGCCCAUCCACGGCCUUCUGGCAGUGGAGAGUGUGGCCCUCGAAAACAGAACCCUCGCGGUUUCCCAGUCUGCUUGUCCAAGCCCAGUGGACCUUCCUCAAUCUCGCCAUAUGUUGAGAAGAACGCAAGGAGCUUGUUCGGGUCGAUCUCAGGGGCCACGUUGCUCACGUAUAUCUUCCUCCUUGUGUAUUCCGAUUCGUACGGAGCAGGGACAGAAGCAGCCACUGCAGGGGUUGGAGCACGGACGGGCCCAGCAGAGGCCAGCUGGCACGACGCCAUUCGGCCCUCUAUCAGUUUCUGUGGCUCCUUCAGAGCCCUCCGGGCCCCCUUGCGUCCUCGAUUUCACCGUAUUUGCUGAACGAGGUUGUGAUGGUCUCGUCACUGGCUUCCCAGCCGAGCCCGUGGAGAAAGAUCUUGCGGUGGGAGGGGUCGGAGUCGGCCAAUUUAUGAACGAUCUCGACUAG